CAGCGUAGCUGCUGUGUGGUGGUGUGUAGUCAGCACAUGGGAGCAGACUUCCCCUGGGACUGUUUCUCCCUGGUGGUGGAGUACAGCAACACAGAACACUCGCCCUGGGCUGCCAUCUGCACAGAGAGGAACAUCACCCACAUCACCUUCCAGACCAGGAUACCUAAUUCCUCUGUGAGUGACCCUGAGUCUUGGUCCCUGGAGCAGAGUGUCCCCUUCGUGUUGUUUGUGACCGAGGGUCUGCUCAGCUGUCCUCUGUUGCUUCAGAUACUGGAAUCAACGUGUAAUAUGACUGUAUUGGAGAGGAGCCACUCUCAGUCCUUACAGAUGCUUGGAGGGACUCACCACUAUGCUGUGAUUACAGUAGACGAAAGCACUGCAGUCAUCAUUCAAGAGCAGGAGGAGCUGUGUCAAGAGCGGGCCUGUGAGAGUCUAGUGAUUCGACUGACUGCUCUGUCUCUGCAGUACAGCUGCUGCUGGCUCAUCCUUCACUGCCAGCAGGACUCUGGGUUGACCAGUGAGGGCUUCAACAACCUGGUGUUGGUCUACUCCUCUCUGGUGCUGUUUGGCCUCAAGACUGAGGACCUGGAUGUCAAGGUGCUGAUUGUAUCAGAAGUGGUGGACAUUGCCAAAUGGAUCUGCCAGAUAGCCUUCCAUACACUGCUGUCCAGUGACAGAGAUCCUCUCAGCUACCUGGACAGAGAGUGGCUUUCUGUGAUUUCCUCAAAGGAGGAGAGGUGCCUCUUAGGUUUCCCCUGUGUGAACCCUUUGGUGGCCCAGCUGAUGUUGAGUAGGGGCCCCUCUCUCCACUGGCUCCUGGGGGCCUCCCUCUCCCAGCUGCAGGAGCUGCUCCCUGAGGUCCCUCACAAAGUUGUCAAGCUCUUCAGUGACACCACGUCUCUGUACAAGCUGACUGCGGCUGCCUCCUCCACAGAGUCUCACAAUGACUUCACUCAUCAGAAAGACCACAAUAGCCCCACUGAGCCUUGGGCCACAAGCAGAGACAAUCAAUACACACACACCGACACUCAUACAAGCCGCGAUCCACACGCCGACUGCAACCGUCACACACACCGCGACCCAGAACCAUUCAACUCCAUCUGCUUCCUCGCUGGCUCCCCCAGUGCUGAGAGUGUAGCGGGGAGCUUCUAUGAAGAAAGCUCUGUCAUGACCAAGGAAGACGGUGCAGACUUCCAGGUGGACUUGAGUCCCUCCUUCGGCUCCCAGCAGGCCCCUUUUCAGCACACCUGGAGCCACAACCCAUGGGAGGUAGAGGAGAGCAAUGAGCUGAAGUUUGUAGGCUGGAAUAGGGGAGGAGAGGAGUGGACGGGCAGCGCACCCCUGCACCAGGAGUCCUGUGGCUCCCCCAGAAACUACGCGCCAGAAAAUAAAUUUCCGACGGGCCUCUCAUCCUCAUUCAGCUACAGCACCAACACACAGAGACCAGCAUACUCCAACAACCAGAUGUACUCGUUCUCUACAGUAGGGUACAGUGACCGGCUGCACUACCCUGAUGUCAGCCACUACCCCAGCCUGGCCACGCCUAGAGGAGCUCUGGCAUGGGGGGGCAGUAGCAGUGGCAGCCCCUACAGCACUGCCCUGGGGAGGGGAGACAUGAGUGUGUCACCUGACUAUGGGACCAGUUACAGAAUGGGGAUGGAGAGGAAGAGGAGAGCAGAAGGCCCAGAGAUGGCUGGCACAGUUUUAACACCAUUGAAGAGGGGAAAGCUCAGUUAUGAGAAGGUGCCAGGCCGAAGUGAUGGACAGACAAGACUAAGGUUUUUCUAAAAUGUCUCAUAUUUAUGAAGUGGCAAAAUAGUAAGAAUGACCUGAAUGAACAGAAAACUCUUAAAACUUACAAGGAUAGAAUCCUGUCACUCCCUUGCCCUGUCUACAACUAGUGAUAUUCAGUAUGUAAGAAAUAGAGGUACAGUGCCUUCCAGAAAGUAUUCAUACCCCUUGACUUAUUCCACAUUUUGUGCUACAACCUGAAUUCAAAA